GACAAAGUGCGUGCCCCUGCCUCGGGGGACAGAGCACUUGUUGUUUUCGGCGGGGCGACCCCUCGUUUUCCCAAUCCCUCCUGCCUGAAAAAUCAGAUCUCGCGCGCCGCGCAGGCCAUUCCAGUUUCCAUCUCCCGCCUCUCCCCACGCUCCCCCACCCCCACCAUGGCGCCCUCGUCGCCUCGACGCAAGGAGCCGUCGUCUGCGGCGAAGCGGGCGUCGACGGGCCCGACGGCGCCGCCCGGGCGCAACAAGAGGAAGACGCCGCCGCCGCUCCCCGAGGCCUCGGGUGCCACGCAGCCGCCGGCCAAGCGGAAGCCGGCGCUGUUCCAGCGCACGUGGCCCCCUGGCGACGAGGUCCGGAUCCUGCAGGCCCUCGCCACGUACCGCCGCGGACACGGCGGCCGCCUGCCAAUGCCGUCUGAGCUCUUCGACGCGCUCGAUGGCAGCCUUGAGAAGAAAGGCGUCGGAGCAAAGGAGCUCGCCAUCAAGCAGCGCAGCCUCAAGCGCCGUUACGACCGCGACGCCAAGAAGACUGCUCCGCCCGCCGAUGAACACGAACGCCGCCUCUACCUCCUGUCCAGGCACGUCUGGGGACGUGAUCGCCCGCCCAGACCACCGGUUUCUGAGGUCCAAAGGGCUACCCAAGGGAAGGCCGCCGGCGCCCAAGCAAGCAAGGACGCUGCCCAAGAGAAGAGCGCUGACCACCAGUCCGGCAAGGAGGCGGUGAAGCCCCAGGCCAAGACUUUGGAUGAGAUGCGCGAGCUGUAUCCUUACCUGGUUGAUGAGGCCACGAUCCUUGUCGAACCGGCGGUGCUGGAAAGUGUGCUCCUCGGCAUUGAACACAGCGACGCUCAGGCGUUGGACAAGAAGAUCAGGAAGGCGAGGAAGCAGCUCGCCAAGGCCAUCACGGAAUCGGCAAGGAUUAACAACAUGGAAAUGCCUACAGUAUUUAUGUUUACAUCCAGUAAGCUUCAACCAGGAAAGUUAAGAAUGGAAAAUGAGAAUAAUCUUUUGGUUGAUCAUUUGGACAAAACGGAUGAUGUGGAUAUUUGCACUAAACAACGAUUGGCAAGAGUGGAACGUGAAGUACUGGAGUUGAGAGAGGCUGUUAUAGCUUCUCAGUCUCAGCCAAAGGGUAUAAGAUGUGAAUCAGCCAAGAGUGGUCUUCAAUCGAUUGUAGCCGAAAAUCAGAUUCCAGCCAAUAUACUACAAAAGAAGAUAGAAGCACCAAAUGGCUUGAUCCAUGGAAAGAAUGUGGAGGUUACAUCGAAAUAUUAUUGUGCUGUUCCCCAGAACGUUCCUCCCAUUAAGCCGAAAAUGCAAGGGAUGAUGUUGCCACCAUUUAAUGUGUUUCCUGAUAUGCCUAAGAAGGUUGUCAAAAAAAGUCCAACUCCAUGCAGAGCGACUUGCAGGGGGGCCAUGUGUUGAGUAGGUUCUAAAGGCAACAACGAGAUUUCAGCAGUAUGUAUACAUGGUCCGGAUGGUUCUGGGUCUCAUAAGGCAGGCCUCUACUAUAUCAUGUAAAUAUAGUAGUGGGUUUAUAUUUUGGUGAAAUGCCUACAAAAAAGGUUAACUAGACAUUGCAAAUGUCGUGUCAAACUUAUGACAUUAUUUAAGUGAGACCUAUUACCUGUUCUGCCCUACAGAUAUUAGGGACGAGUGUCCUCUGACGCACUACUGUCACUAUAAGAUUGUUGAACUCUGAUUGUAAUCCUAGUUAUUAAGCAAUGGAGCUCCUUGUUUCAUGAAACAAGAACAUAGCAUAAGCAACAUUGCAA